AUGGGAGAGAGAAAUGACCUGAGUGAGGUUAUCAAUAUAUUCAAGGAUGCAGCGUCUAUGAGUGACGAUGUUUAUCAACAAAAGAGAGAAAAUAAGGCGAAUGAAAUUGCACAUACAUCUCUCGGUAAGUUUCCCAAGGAAAUGUCAUGUGUUACUGCGAUGGAUGAGCUUUUUCAGUGCUUCUCACUGGGAGGACAAAUAAGAAACUUCUAUCAGUAUGGUGACUUCACGAUGUGUGAGAGACAAAGUUCAAAGUUGAGAUUCUGUCUUACGAUCACUGGGAAAAGUAGUGACGAGAGAGAAAGAAUGAUCCAAAGAUUUUAUCGUGAUCGAUUGGUCGAUGACAAGAGACGUGGAAGUAGCGAAGAUGUUUGGGACCAGAGAUAA